AUGUUGGUAUCCAAUAGUCGGUUAUGUAAGCUUUACUGGGAUGGAAAUUCAGUUUUAAAAAUGGUGAAGUUAACCGCCGAACUUAUUGCAAAACAAGCCCCAGGACAUAAUAAAAGACGAGCUGAUGAGUCCACAGCACAUUAUUUGUCUCGAAUCACACAUCUGCCAUUUCAAAGUCGUGGGAUAGACUCUGUUGAUAUCAUUCCAGCUUGUCGGCAUUUAACAGUGAUAUAUCUCUACGAUAAUGCAUUAAGCAAAAUAGAAAAUUUGAAUUUUGCUGAAAAUUUGACUCAUCUUUAUUUACAAAAUAAUCGUCUACAAAAAUUAGAAAAUUUGGAUUCUUGUCUAAAAUUACAAAAAUUAUAUUUAGGUGGCAAUCAACUCCGUGUAUUGGAAGGAUUAAACAAUUGUAUUAGUUUAACGGAACUUUAUGUUGAAAAUCAACAUCUUCCAGAAGGAGAAAAACUGGUAUUUGAACCACGUACUAUUCUGGCGCUGGCAAAAGUCUUACAAAUAUUAAAUGUGAGUGGUAAUAACUUGGAUAGUUUAAUUGAAUUGAGUGUAUUAGAACAUCUUGAAGAACUAACAGCAAGUAAUAAUAAUUUACAAAAUUUACGCGAAUUAGUUCAUUUACUAAGUAUAUGGCCAACUAUAAAACGCCUUGAUACAAAUCGAAAUCCAUUAUGCACGAAAGCACGUUAUCGUGAACGUUUAAUUGUUGUUCCAACAACACUUGAAGUACUUGAUGGAAAACCAAUACCCGCAAAUUCACGCCAAUUUUUAUUAAAUUGGAAAGCGUCUCGUGAAGCACAACAAAAACGUGAGGCAACAAUACCAGAUAUGAACGACAGUGGUGAUUUACAACAUUCUCAUAUGAAUGUAGGAGAUUCAAACGGAAUAAAUGAUUACCACCGAAAUGGUUUUAAAACAGACAAUAAUUCACUAGUUAAAAAAGGAAUGUUUCCAAUAGCAUUUGGGGAAAAUGCACAAAGAAAAUCAACUGCGUUAGCGAGAGGUGAAAAAUUUUCAGCAUUAUUUACUACUGGUAUUCAUCAUAUACAAUCAUCUUUGAACCGACCACAGGGAGUAACUUUUGUUGAGCCUUUAAUAAAUCCAUCUUUUGAAUCCGUUAAUCAUUAG